GUUUGCAGGGCCAACGUACGUUGACAGUACGUUUCCAAGCGUCACAACUUUCAACCGAACAGAUAUGGGGAAGAUUCCUCUAACUUUCCCAGAUAAUGUUCCUUUGGGACCGAGGGUUGAUAAUACCCAGCCGAAUGAGAGAUUAGGAGGACAGACUCAUAAUCCCAUUCCAACCGAACCAGCCUUCUCUAGAGAAGAAAGGUUGGAGGGACAGACUCAUAAUCCCAUCCCAGCCGAACCAGCCUUCUCCAGAGAAGAAAGAUUGGGAGGUCAGACUCACGAUCACAUUCCAGUGUUCGACCAUAUUCCACCCAGAGUAGAUCCGAAGGAUAUUGCUCAAGUUCUGCGGGUGCAUUUCGGAAUGAAUCCGCAAACGGUGAACAGGCCGGUUUACCAGAGGCCAUUUCCAGAAAGGAUCAUUAACGAUCAUCCUCUCCCGAGAAAUUAUAGGCCACCAGACUUCUAUUCUUUUUCGGGAGAAGACGGAGCCUCUACCAUUGAGCAUGUGGGUCGCUUCACGGCUCAAUUGGGAGAAGUAGGCAACAAUCCGUUUCACAAGUUACAAUUGUUUGGGUUGUCGCUCACAAGAACAGCUUUUUCUUGGUAUGUCAGUCUGCCGCCUGGACAGUUGCAAACUUGGGAAGAUUUAGAGGCAGAUUUUCAUGGAAGGUUCUUUAAUCCUCUGCCGACAGUCUCACUGAUAGACCUUCUGGAGAUCACGCAGAUGCCGGAAGAGACCGGCUACCAAUUCAUAGAGAGGAUGCGAUUGAUGAAGGGACGAUGUCCUACGAUGAUCAAUGAAAGCGAAAUGACCAAUUUGGUGGUCAGGAACAUGCAUACCAGACUUCGCGAGGCCCUGACAGCCCACGACUUUCAAGAUCUGGCCAGUUUAGCAUCCACGGCAAGAAGGUUAGAAUCCUUUUUUACAGAAAAUAAUCAUGACUUCCGUCAGGGGGGAGAUGCUGAAGCAAUGUUAGUGCAAGAUCGACCAACGUCCAGACCAGCACCAUUCCGCGAUAAAUGGAGGUCGGGUCCAACGUAGCCUCGAAGGAUGGAGGUCGGAUCUGAGGCUGACGUAGCCUCGGAUGCCGGCCUGCAAACUCCUAAAACAUCACUGGAAGUGAUGUUUAGGAGUCUUGAGGAGGAGGCUUAUUGUUAAGCACAAAAAAUAAUAAUAAUAGUAAGUGGCAGUAGGAUUCUGGGUAGGGUCUGAAUGAAAGCCAAAAGGUCUGGAGGUCGGGCAGAAUAAAGGUCGGGAAAAGGAAGAAAGGUCGGGCGGAGUCUAAAAAAAAAGGUGUACCCAAGUCGGGUAAACCGUAGAUCGGAUGGAAGGCGAAGUCGGGCAGACGCGGAGGUCUGUCAAGAGGAAGGUCGGGCAAGGAAGAGGUACGGACAGACGCGGAGGUCUUCGGUCAAAGACGGAGGGCGGCUGAUGCGGAGGUCGGCCCAAGUGAGGUCGGGCGAAGAAGCAGGUCGGGCGAAGGACGAAGUCGGGCAAAAGAAAUUUGGCAGUGGACAGGUAGGUCGGGUAAGAGGCAGGUCUGAGUUCUGUGACUGGUGGGAACGGUUGAAGGAAGUUGUAAUACGUGUCAAUAGAGGAGAAAUUGGUGGUCGGUUGACAGCGGUUGCUGUAACCGACCAGACGGCGGUUCAAACCGUUUUCUCUGAAAGGCUAUUUUAAAGGAUUCAAAUCCGUCAGAAAAGGCAUCUUCAAUCAACUUCAACAAAGCAAAGUCAGAUUUGGGGAUCACCACUUUAAAUUUCAGUCUUUUAUUUUCCAGUUUAUUUUCUGUACCAUACAG